AUAAGAUACUUUUAAUACUUUAAGUUAAACUUUGGUUUAAGUGAGCUCCUGUACUUGUGCACUGACGCUUCAGUACUCGCUUCCACCGCUGCUCGCUGCUGAUGUCAGACGGCGGGCUGGGUCAUGUGAAGGUCAGCAGCAGCGCAGAGGAGGUUCACGGAGAGUUCACUCGCAUACAUUAGGUAACACCAUCGCUCUGAUGUAACCAGUAUGAAGCAGGUUGGGUUGAGACAUUCGUCAAUAAAGAAGAGAUAAGAAGAAGAAGAAGAAGAAGAAGGAGAAGGAGAAACUUUGUUAUGCAAAACAGCAGAUCUGGAUGUGUUUAACCUGCUGCAGGAGGAGGACUACAGUUUCUGACGGUUUAUGGGAAAUGUAGGUCUGUUCUCCAGCGCUGCUUUCACUUUAUCCAACUUUCAUAUCAAAUCCGCCCCUGCUGGUCCAUGCAGGACAACAAAUCCCGACGGAAUCAUGUUUGACUACCUGGAAUUUCAAGCUUUCAGCACCGGAGACAUCAUGGACUUUUACACCACGUCCAGUCCAGCAUGCAUGCUGCAGGACCAGGACCAGGACCAGGACCAGGAUUUGUCAGCCUUCUUCCCCGAGCUGAUGGAGUCAGCGGACUGGCAGCAGCACCGGUGCUCGCAGUCAGUUGAAAGCCAAAGCUCCAGCUCCAGCUCCAGCUCCAGCUCCAGUUCAGACGACCUGUUCGCCAGCCCCCCCUCCCCGCUGCCUCCUCCUCGCACUUACAAGCCCUGUUUUGUGUGUCAAGACAAGUCCUCGGGCUACCACUACGGCGUCAGCGCCUGUGAAGGCUGCAAGGGCUUCUUCCGCCGCAGCGUGCAGAAAAACAUGGUGUACACCUGCCACCGGGACAGAAACUGCAUCAUUAACAAGAUCACCAGGAACCGCUGUCAGUACUGCCGACUCCAGAAGUGCUUCGCUGUGGGAAUGUCCAGGGAGUCAGUGAGAAACGACAGAAACCGGGGAAAGGGGAAGAAGGAGGCGGUGAAGAUGACCAUCAUGGAGACGUACGAACUGACGGCGGAGCUCGGCUUGAUAGUGGAGAAGAUCUGCAGAGCUCACAGAGAGACUUUCCCGUCUCUUUGCCAGCUGGGAAAAUACACCACGAACUCCAGUUCAGACCACCGGAUCCAGCUGGACCUCGGUCUGUGGGACAAGUUCAGUGAGCUCGCCACCAAGUGCAUCAUCAAGGUGGUGGAGUUCGCCAAGCGAGUGCCUGGUUUCACCGGCCUGACCAUCGCUGACCAGAUCACCCUGCUGAAAACCGCCUGCCUGGACAUCCUGAUCUUGAGGAUUUGCACUCGCUACACUCCGGACCAGGACACCAUGACCUUCUCCGACGGGUUGACCCUGACCCGCACUCAGAUCCACAAUGCCGGGUUUGGACCGCUGACGGAUCAGGUCUUCACAUUCGCCGGCCAGCUGCUGCCGCUGCAGAUGGACGACACAGAGAGCGGCCUCCUCAGCGCCAUCUGUCUCGUCUCUGGAGACCGUCAGGACCUGGAGGAGCCGUCGAAGGUGGAGGUGCUGCAGGAGCCGCUGCUGGAGGCGCUGAAGAUUUACUCCCGCAAACGGCGACCCAGCAUGCCCCUCAUGUUCCCCAAGGCCCUCAUGAAGAUCACUGACCUGCGCAGCAUCAGCGCCAAAGGAGCUGAGAGGGUGGUGACGCUGAAGAUGGAGAUCCCGGGCUCCAUGCCGCCUUUGAUCGAGGAGAUGUUGGAGGAUCUGCAGAACUUGGAGAAACACCAGAACAAACACUCGGAGCGGAGCACAUGAACUCCCAAACUCUGAAGAGAAAACACUAACAACACAAACUACAGAUGCAGUGCAGAGCGUUUCUAGUGUCUUACCUCAGUUUGUGGUCGGAGAACCGUCGGCGUGUUUUAAAGACGAUUGUGCUGAUGAAAGAAGAGCUAAUUUUUGUGAGUUCAUGGGGGGAAAAAGAGACUGAUGCAGUCAAGGUUUAAUCCAUCACAGCUUCAUUUUUAACUCCUCCUGGCAGACGCCUCAUAACCUGCUGGAAAUCCUUCUCCAGCUGUCCCGUGUCAGGUUUCUACUGUAUUUAUAUGCAUGAGAUAUCACGUGGAUUAAUUUGUUUACCUCAUUAAAUAACAAUGCCUUUAGCAUUAGCGUAGCAGAGUUAGUAAACAUAUGGACUUCAGUUUCUGGCUUUUUACAUAAUAUGUGAAUUUCUGUUCCCGCUCUCUCAAAGGCUGCAGAAGUUCGUACGCACAAUUUGUGGAUUUCUACGUGUGUGAAAACUGUUUGAACGUGUUUGGAGAAAUGAUCUGAACAAAAGGGGAAACUUGUUUUUGCUCACAGACGUAUAAAUGGGAAAGUAAACGCAAAACUAAAUGUAUAACUAAUGAGUACAAAUACGUGUUUUAUGUACUUAUUCGUUAUAUUGUUAUAUUUACAUGUACUGAUGUGGUUUAAAGGGCCAGUGUGUGGGAUUUAGUGACAUCUAGUGGUUGCUGAAUGCAAAGCCUCUCCCUCCCUGAAGAAGAAACUGUGGUGACCACGAAUGAAACAUGAAUGUACGGAAGCCCUAACGUGUCAUACAUACAUACAUUUGAUUCCACCCGUUUUCCCGUGGUAACGAGAUAAUUAAUUCAAGAUCUGGAG